GGCGGUCGCUGGGCUCAGCGGUCGCUGCGGGGCGGUCGCGGCUCUCGCUCCCCCCCUUGCUCGGGGCCCCGGCGCGGAGCCGAUCGCAGCCCGAGCGCCCGACUUACAUUGUUGGGAGUUUGCAACAACUCCGCGGCCUCGGAGCUGCAACCUCCUCCUUUUCCUCCUCCUCCUCCUCCUCCUCCUCCUCCUCUCCUCCUCCGCCCCUUGGGUGGUUGGUUGUUUUUUAUUUUUUUCUUCCUUUUUUUUUUUUCCCCCCUGCGUUAUUCCCCCCCCCCCCUUCCCCCCUCCCUCUGCCCGUUUCGCUUUGAUUUCUCUCCCCUCCCCUCCGCACACCCUCUCUCUCCGUGUGUGUGUGUGUGUGUUUUUUUUUUCUCCGCCGCUCUUCACCAAGCCCCUUUGGCAUGAGUUAAGCACCAGCUAUGGACACCAAACACUUCCUGCCACUGGAUUUCUCCAGCCAAGUGAAUUCCACAUCCUUGAACUCUCCUACGAGCAGGGGGCCCAUGGCCACCCCCUCCCUCCACCCACCCCUCGGGCCUGGCAUCGGCUCCUCGCUGGGCUCCCCAGGCCAGCUCCACUCGCCCAUCAGCACCCUGAGCUCGCCCAUCAAUGGCAUGGGACCUCCCUUCUCCGUCAUCAGCUCCCCCAUGGGCCCACACUCAAUGUCUGUCCCCUCCACCCCCAGCCUGGGAUUCGGCACCAGCAGCCCACAGCUCAACUCACCCAUGAACCCUGUCAGCAGCUCAGAAGACAUCAAGCCACCCCUAGGGCUCAAUGGAGUCCUCAAAGUGCCAGCACACCCCUCAGGAACGAUGGCCUCCUUCACCAAGCACAUAUGUGCCAUCUGUGGGGACAGAUCUUCAGGUAAACAUUAUGGGGUUUACAGCUGCGAGGGCUGCAAAGGCUUCUUCAAGCGCACGGUGCGGAAGGACCUGACCUACACCUGCCGGGACAACAAGGACUGCUUGAUCGACAAGCGCCAGCGCAACCGCUGCCAGUACUGCCGCUACCAGAAGUGUCUUGCCAUGGGCAUGAAGAGGGAAGCUGUGCAGGAGGAGAGGCAGCGGGGGAAGGACCGCAACGAGAACGAGGUGGAGUCCACAAGCAGCGCCAACGAGGACAUGCCCGUGGAGAAGAUCUUGGAAGCUGAGCUGGCAGUGGAGCCAAAGACAGAGACAUACAUUGAGGCAAACAUGGGCCUGACGCCGAGCUCGCCCAACGACCCAGUGACAAACAUCUGCCAGGCAGCAGACAAACAGCUCUUCACCCUGGUGGAGUGGGCCAAGAGGAUCCCUCAUUUCUCCGAGCUGCCUCUGGAUGACCAGGUCAUCUUGCUCAGAGCAGGGUGGAAUGAGCUCCUAAUUGCCUCCUUCUCCCACCGCUCCAUAGCCGUGAAGGAUGGGAUCCUGCUGGCCACUGGGCUCCACGUGCACCGGAACAGCGCCCACAGCGCUGGCGUCGGAGCCAUCUUCGACAGAGUACUGACAGAACUGGUGUCAAAAAUGCGAGACAUGCAGAUGGACAAGACAGAGCUAGGCUGCCUGCGAGCCAUUGUCCUCUUCAACCCUGACUCCAAAGGUCUCUCCAACCCAGCUGAGGUGGAGGCGCUGCGGGAGAAGGUGUACGCGUCCCUAGAGGCAUACUGCAAACACAAAUACCCUGACCAGCCUGGCAGGUUUGCAAAGCUCUUGCUGCGCCUCCCAGCCCUGCGGUCCAUCGGCCUGAAAUGCCUGGAGCACCUCUUCUUCUUCAAGCUAAUAGGUGACACACCCAUCGACACCUUCCUGAUGGAAAUGCUGGAAGCACCUCACCAAAUGACUUAGGGAACUGCUGCUGGGUCAGUCCCUCGCCCGGCCGGGGGCUCACGGAAGGGGGAGGGGAAGCCCUCCCUCUGCUUUCCUCUGCUGCCCACCCCCAGCCCCAUCCCUCCUUUCUUCUCUCCCCAGUGCUGGAGGGCACCACCCGGCGAGGGGCGACCUCCCCCACCCCUCCCAACCCCGUGCCAUCCUCACCCCCCUCCCCCCCUCGUCGCCUUCACCCUUGUCCAGUUUGCUGUCACUGCUGCAUCUCAAGACCUGCUCGCUGGUUCCCUGCGCUAGAUGUAGACAAGUGGGAGCGGAGAGAGCUUGCCCCCUGCCUGCCCCAGCCCCCCCUGCCCUGCCAUCAGGUUUGGGGUGAGCUGCUGGUUGGGCUUGGCAUCACCCUCCCCACCCACCCACACAUCUACAUCCCCACCUUGUUGGGUUUUUUUUUUGGUGGGGAGGGGGAGGGUGGGGUGGGGAGCCCAAGGGAUGGUCCUAAGCCCUUGGGGCAGUGUGUGGGGGUUUGGACAAGCUGCUGGGGAGUGGUUGGAACUCGCUGGAUUUGCAGCUGGCCAUUUUCAAGAGGAUGGAGAUUUGUUUGGUUAUUUUUUGUGAAACAAGAGAAGAAAGGAAGAGAAAAAAAAAAAAGAAAAAACCUCUCACACACACACAAAAAAAAAGAGGAUAAAAAAAAAAAGAAAAGAGAAAAAGCAAGGAAAAAAAAACCAAAACAAAACAAAAACAAAUAAUUCUAUUUUUGGUUUCUAACUGUUCUCAGUAGUCUGGGUAGUUCCAUCCUGGAGGGAGAGGCCACCACCCAGCCCGUGCCCCACCAGUGAGUCACCCCUGGCUGUGCAGAGCCUUCUCCUUUCCAUUCCAAGCAGAGGAUUUGGGAUGGACCUGAAUCCCACCCACACCACACCACCACCCCCCUGCCCCGCCAAUAAGGAGGUGAUUGGUGGCACGGGAUGCUGGGGCACUGCCUCACCCUCCCUGCAGAGAGGGGCAGCAGAACCUGGAAGAUGCUCUUUGGGCAGCUGGGGCAUCGCUGCUCUUCCCCAAGAUGCCUCCUGCGCCUGCUGUGGAGCUGCCUGCGUGGACACGAGCCAGCUGGAGCUUGCUUUAAGGCUGCCAGGGACUCAACGUGGCCCUCCCUCCACUUUGCAGGGUCUUACUGGGGACCCCUGCCCUCAGCACUGCAUCCAGCAUCCCAGUAUGGUCCUGCUCAUGAGGCUUGGCCCAGCUGAUCCUCCAGAGCCUGCUUCUGCUUCCAGCGCUGGAGCAGUGCAAGCUGCUGGCUUCACUUCCAGCUUCCAGCAGUGGCUCCUUCUUGGUUCUUGAUCCUGACCUGGAGGCUGGAGGAGCAUUUCCAGUUGCUGGAGUGGGCUCGAUGGUCUCAGCACCUGCAUGGUGUGCACACAACAGCCCUGGGUACCAGUGGGGCCAACAAGCCCUCUCCUCACAUGAGGUUUUCUGCUCGCCCCGGAGCCUGCUCCUGUUGAUUCAGCAACUGCCGUGCAAAGCACUGCAAGGCAACAAUUAGUGGGAGUGCUUGGCCAGGCUUGGUAAUUGUGGCUUUUAAUGAGUGGUAAAGCAAGAGCAGGGUUCCCCCCUGCCUGUGAAUCUCCUGCUCUGAGCAGGGAUGUGGAGGCUGAGAGGUCCUGGCUGGGUGGGGUGAUGUGGCAGCACCCCCUGCCCGUGUGGAGAGUGUGCACCUCCUUCCCUGCCCUAACUGGGAUGCUGAGAGCACCUAAAGCACCUUGGCCUUAGCAUGGUCCUUUCCUUGAGCCUGGGGAUAGACAGCAGGGAGAUGGAGAGGCCUUUGGGGAUUUGGGACAGAGUCCCAGGAAUGUGCUCACUCUCCGUGGGAUGGGAAUCUCCAGGGAGAUGAGAUCAGGGAAUGUUUCCCCUUCAGCUUCCCACCUCACCCUCAUCAGCUGUCUCCAGAGCCCUACCAAAAAAACAGAAGAGGAGUUGGAGAAAGAGCAGAGGGAGGAGUGAGGGCUGUGGGGAGGGGUUUGUCCCCCCUUGGCAGGAUGGACUGUCCUGAACACACCGUGGGGUGGGUGCCUGCAGUUGCCUGGGGGCCAGCACUUUGUUGCCUUCUGUGCUUUCAAACAGGUCCUGAUGGGAUUCCUCUCCUUGCUCCUCACGAGUGGGUUCGUAGCUGGCUCUUCAGCCACCUCCUUUGUGCCUGGAGGUCACAGUAUCACAGUAUCACAGUAUCACCAAGGUCGAUGGCCCAUGCCUACCCCUCUCCAAACCUCACUUUUGGAAGGGACAGAGUUCUCACCAGCUCAUCGCCACCCUGCUCGGCAGCUCCCGUGCCCAUCUCCAUCCCCUUGCACUGAACCAGGCCACCUCACUGCUACAGAAAAGGGGGUGGGGGAGGGAGGGACUGAGGAUUUCAGGUCAGCACUUCCCCUUAGGCUGGCCUGAAGUGGCAAAUGCACCGAGGCAGGGAACUGUUUUGGCUGUGUUUCCCCAGCAGCCUGCACGCCGCCGAAAAUAUUAUUAAACAGCUUCACCCUGCAAGAUUUUGCCAAGAACACGAGGCAGGAGAGAUGAAAUCUGCAAAGGCUGCCAGUAAACACGAGCAGCCUGUUCCUUGCCAGCCUCAGCCUGGCACAGGAGGUAGGGGGCUUGCAGGGAGGUUGCUUGUUCGCUCCCAGCAACCUGGAGCUCAACCCAGAGCCGAAGCAGCCCACAGGCAACUGGAAGCCCCCCUUGGGAAGGAGCCUGGAGCUCACUUGCUGGAGAAGAGGAGGGUGGCUUGGGGGAGAGUUGAUGGAGAGUGCACUGGAAUAAAUCUGAUGUCCUCUGUUGGGUGGAA